AUGUCAUCUACUGCGGUGUUGCCCACCGUCCAGAUCAAUGUCAAUUAUAAUGAAAUUAAGACCCAGGUGCGUGACUUCUUCACCCAUUUCAAGGCCUCCUCCGACGCCAUGGACGUUGAGAGCUCCACGGGUUUCAAGUACUUAGACCUUUUCCAACAUAUCGCCAACAGAGACGCCACUACUCUCUACAUUGAGCUUGACGAUAUCAAGGCAUAUCAGGAAAACCAGUUUUUUUCGUCCCAGCCACUGUCAGCAGACUUGGUAGUACAGAUCGCCAAAAAUGCAUACCACUACUUGGAAUUGUUCAGUAGUGUGGUGGACGAGUUAAUGCCCGAGCCCACCAAGGAUAUUUCGUUCAAAGAUGACGUUUUGGAUGUUAUUUUGCACCAGCGGAAGUUGCGGAACUUGCGUGUGUCGCAGGAGAACGCCGAUGAGGUCAAUAACUUGAGAUCAGGAUUUUCUCAAAAUGAAGACACCCAGAACUCUGACCCUGGUGACUUAUUGACGACAAACUUAUUUCCUGCCAAGUUGACCAGACGCUAUCACUUGUAUUUCAAGCCAUUGUCGUCCCACCAAAAGGCUUUGGCCGUCAGAGAAGUAAAGGGUUCUCACGUCGGAAAAUACAUUACUGUGAGAGGAAUUGUUACCCGAGUGUCGGAUGUCAAGCCAUCGGUUCUUGUUAACGCUUAUACAUGUGACAAGUGCGGAUAUGAGAUCUUCCAAGAGGUUAAUCUGAAGGUUUUUCAGCCGUUUACUGAGUGUACUUCCGAAGUGUGUAAAACAGACAACCAAAGGGGCCAGUUGUUCAUGUCCACGCGUGCAUCGCGGUUUCUGCUGUUCCAAGAGGUCAAAAUUCAAGAGAUGGCAUCGCAGGUUCCAGUUGGUCACAUUCCCAGAACUUUGACCAUGCAUGUCAAUGGAGAUUUAGUAAGAUCCAUGAACCCAGGUGACAUUGUCGAUGCAUCAGGAAUCUUCUUGCCAUCUCCAUACACGGGAUUCAAGGCGUUGCGGGCAGGGCUUUUGACAGAGACGUAUUUGGAGGUCCAGUAUGUUCAUCAGCAUAAGAAGCAGUAUGAGCUGUUGGAGUUGAGCGACGAAGUCAAGGAAAAGAUCGAGGCCUUGCACAGAGAAGGAGGAAUCUAUAACAAGUUGGCGCUGUCCAUUGCUCCGGAAAUUUAUGGCCACUUGGACGUCAAGAGAAUUUUGCUUUUGCUAUUAUGUGGAGGUGUCACGAAAGAGAUGGGUGACGGAAUGAGAAUUCGUGGUGACAUCAAUGUGUGUCUCAUGGGUGAUCCUGGUGUGGCCAAGUCUCAGCUUUUAAAGGCUAUUAACAAGAUUGCUCCUCGCUCGGUGUACACUACUGGCCGUGGUUCUUCAGGUGUGGGUUUGACUGCUGCAGUCAUGAGAGAUCCAGUGACUGACGAGAUGGUACUUGAAGGUGGUGCACUUGUGUUGGCCGACAACGGUAUUUGUUGUAUUGAUGAGUUUGAUAAGAUGGAGGAGGGUGACAGAACUGCAAUUCACGAAGUGAUGGAGCAACAGACCAUCUCUAUCUCCAAGGCUGGUAUCAACACCACCUUGAACGCCAGAACAUCCAUUCUUGCAGCUGCUAACCCGUUAUAUGGGCGUUAUAACCCAAGAUUGUCGCCUCACGAGAACAUCAACUUGCCUGCUGCGCUCUUGUCUCGUUUUGACAUCAUGUUUUUGAUGUUGGACCAAGCUUCUGUGGAGUCUGAUGAACAAUUGGCCAGACACGUUGCCUACGUUCACAUGCACAAUCACCAGCCAGAAAUGGACUUCGAACCACUUGACUCUCAGACUAUCCGCCAGUACAUUUCUGUUGCUAGAACUUACAGACCAGUUGUUCCAAAGGAAGUGGGAGACUAUGUGGUACAAGCAUACAUUAAUAUGAGAAAAGAGGCCCACCGUAACGAAGGCUCUAUCAAGAAAUUUGCACAUAUCACUCCUAGAACGCUUUUGGGUAUUUUGCGUCUUUCCCAAGCGUUAGCUAGAAUCAGAUUUGAUAAUGUUGUCAGCCGUACCGAUGUGGACGAGGCUUUGAGACUUUUAGCGGUUUCCAAACUGUCGAUGGAGAGUCGUGACGUGGAGCGUGACGAUUACACCUCUGCUAUUUUGAUGCUUAUUCGUCGUAUCAUCGCUGAGGGUGACACCAAUACCGUCAACAUGUUUGAGUUGAGAAACAGAGUGCUUGGACAAGGAUACACUGUGGAACAAAUGGAUUUGUGUAUUCGCGAAUACAUCUCGCUCAAUGUGUUCCAGUUGGUUGAUAAUGGCGAGACGUUAUUGGUGGUCAACAGUGUGUGA